AUGGCAGCAGAUGUCUCUCAGCAGACUGACUCGUGGCUUCCGCAUGAAGAGGAUGAAAUCGACGAAAGCCUGUCAGAUACCUCUGUGUGGCUCUCCUGGCUGAGAGAAGAUGUCAAAGUUCAGGGUUUCGCGUGGUUGCUUGCUUCCAUGGCAGUAUGGAGAUCCGCCUUGACAGACGAGUCGAUUUGCUUGGGCUUGGCUGGGUAUAUCUUUGACAGCGGUAAGUGGCACUGCAUGGUUGGAUGGUGCUUGGCUACGUUGCUCACUUUGGCCUGGCUUUUCUUUGAUCUACAGAUGGUAUUUACCUCUGAGCAGAGAGCAAUGAGAUUUCCGCCUUGGAGCAUUCUGGUGUUUGUGAAGCACCCCGCAGAAGUGGGGUCGGUGGUGAUCUUCCUCGGUUAUGAUGGGCGAAGCUACGUCCGUCGAGUGAAGGCCAUUCACGAAGGUGGCCCUGCCCUUCAAACAGUGGGAGAUCUCCCCGGUGCUCCGGACGAUCAACCCCUCUACAGUGCCGAUGGGAGUGCCAGCUGGUUGGACCCCAGCGCGGUCCGGGGGACGUUGGCAGCGGGGCCAUUUCCACUGCAGCAAGUCUUGCUGGUUGUGCUGGCCUUCAUGAUCACCAGCCCUGCCAUGGCGUUUUCCUUCUUUGUGAGGUGCUCAGCCUUCACUUGUCACCGUGCUUUUACUUUAAGCAGCGGGGAUUGA